AAAAGACACGGAGACUCAUUCGUUUGAGACUGAAGUGGAUUCAGUCCAACAGAAACGUGCGCAGCUGAGGUACGGCCGCGUGGCUCUGGUUUGCGAGUCUCCAGUGUGUUAUGCAAAGAGCAGACACCAUGGAGAAAGUGGAUGAUGCUCAUCGGGAUAUUCUGCCUUUAGAGGACAAACUGCGGGUGAUAGAGCUCAGUGUCCAUCAGCAGCAAGAAGCUGGAAAAAUCCGAACAACUGAUAAGCAGCAUCUUUUGGUGAUCGAAAAAGAGGCUUUUGUUCUGCAGAACCCCGGUUUGGACCAGCAGGGCCCAGAACUCCAGCAUAUAAAAAAGGAAGAGGAGGAACUGUCGGUCAGUGAAGACAGAGAGCAGCUCACUGUGAAGAUUGUAGAUGAUGAGACCCUUAAGGUAUCAGAGCUCUGCCAUGUACAAACUGAAGGCAGCAAAGAGACUCGAGCUCCAACAAGCAGCCCGGCAAAACAAAUGGAAACCGGACCUGAUGGAAAGGACAGUGGAGGAGCAGAACGAGACAAAAACCCAGAACCAACUGGAUUCUGGACUGAACAGCAGGAGGUCCAGAUGAAAUAUGAUGAGCAAGAACUGUUGGUAAUCAAAAUAGAAGUUCCUGAUCCACAGAGGUCCAGUUUAGACCAGCAAGACACAGAACCACUCCAGAAGACAACACAAGAGGAACUGUGGAUCAGUCAGGAUGAAGAGGAUCUUGCUUUGAUGAGUGAAGAUGAAGAGAAAUCUCAGUCAUCAGAGCUUCAUCUCUUCAAAAGUGAAGACAGCAGAGAUGCAGAAGCUUCAACCAGCAGCUCAGCUGAACAGACAGAAACAGAACCUGAUGGAGAGGAGGCUGGAGGACCACAGCCAGACAGGAAUUCAGAUCCACAUGCUUGUUCACAGUCCAGUCCUUCAGGCUCUUCAGAGGCUGAAGUCAGUAGGAAGUGGGGGUCAGGAGUGAGCGGAGACGGUUGUGAUGACAAUUUACCAGAUUCUGGAUCUAAAAAUAAAGACUGGUGGGAAAUCAGGACACUUAAGUCAGACGUAAACAGCAGCUCUGAAUGUAGAAGUGCUGUGAAACCCUUCAGCUGCCCUGACUGUGCUAAACAGUUUGUGUACCAGCAGUCAUUCCUGAAGCAUCUGUCAUGUCAUUCAGGAGAAAAGGCUUCCACUUGUUUGGCCUAUAUGAAACAAUCAAUAGCCAAAGCUGGGAAGAAAUCAGUUGCUUGUGUUGUUUGUGGGAAAAUGUUUAAGGAUCAGUAUUACCUUAAAUGUCAUAUGAGGCUCCACACAGGAGAGAAACCAUUUAAUUGUGAUGUUUGCGGAAAAGCGUUUAGGCAUUCUCAUAUUCUUAAACUUCACUUAAGAGUCCACACUGGAGAAAAACCUUUUACUUGUGAUGAAUGCGGUAAAACAUUUACCAAGAUGCAAAAUCUGAAAGGUCACAUGACGUGCCACAUAGGGGAGAAGCCUUUCCAGUGUGAGGAAUGUGGCAAAAGAUUUACACAAAGGGGAACGCUGAAGAACCACAUGAUGAUUCAUAAAGGAGAAAAACCUUUCGUUUGCAGUGGUUGUGACAAACGGUUCAGGCUUAAAGCGGAUCUUCAGAAACACGUGGUAACCCACACCGGAGUGAAACCAUUUUUCUGCCGUUACUGUGGAGCCAGAUUUGCUCACCGGGGAGCUUUGACGAGACACAUUAGACGUCACACAGGUGAGAAACCAUUUGCUUGUGAUAGGUGCGACAAAAGAUUUUAUCGAAGUUCUGAACUCAAGUAUCAUGUGUCGGUUCAUACGAGAGACUGGAAACAAGACACUGAAAACAGAAAGUUUGCCUGUAAGGAAUGCGAAAAAAAAUAUAUCAGAAAGGUGCAUCUUACAGCACACAUGAGUACCCACUUAGGAGAAAAACCUUUCAGCUGCGGUGUUUGUAGUGCGAGUUUUACACGCCAUGAUAGUCUGAAGAGACAUACAAUGAGAGCCCACUGUCAAUAGAAACUGCUUGUUCUGCCAAUCUACAUCUACAUUGGUGUAAAUGCUGCUAGAUGGUCAGCGUAACUUCAUAGAUGGUAAGUUUACCAAUAUAAUUAAGUUAUUGGCAUUAUCUACAUGAGGCCCCUUGCUAAAACAGGAAGACAAUGUUACAUAAACUGUUUAAUGACCUGACAGUGUCUAUGUUGUCAUGAUAUAAAUAGCUACAAACCGCAUCUGAAACAAAUGUUUCAGCAAGUCUUUUUUUAUCAAAGGUUUUAAAUUCUGUAGUUUUGCUAAAUACUAACAUGCUCAUGUUUGUAAUAUAAAAGAAUGUUUUGUCAUAUUUGUUGGAUAGCUUUUGUACUGUAUGAAAAAGCCACAAAAAAACUGUUUAUCUUUAAGAAAGCCUAAC